AUGGCGGCUGGCAAUGACAAGUCGGGUAGAGCGGCUCUACUUCCCUCGAUUGUGGUGAAAAUUUAGAGAUAAUGUUCAAUUUCACGAAGUAUUGGAGAAAAAUAAGGAUAGUUUGGUGAAAAUUAGAACAGAAGUAAUAUCAGCAAAAAGAAGUAAGUUCCGAGUGGGAUUGAACCCCCGGCCCUUUGAGCCGCAUUCAAGAGCGCUACCAACUAUGCCAGUGAACUGCUCGGUUCUGUGAUUUUUUGGGAAUUUUUUGAUUAGGUUUAGAUCUUAUAGGUCAAUUUUCACAUUUUAGCUCAGUUGGUAGAGCUCUUGUUCAUGGAUCCGAGGGUCAAGGGUUCGAAUCCUCUAGACGUUUUUUUUCAUUUUUGCCAAUUUGGUACUGAGAAGGGGUGCUUGGUUUCUCUUUUUUUGUAGGAAGUUCCAAUGGCUCAAACAAAAGUCAAGUUAAGAACUAUCAUGAUACAUUUUCCACAGCUUAGCUCAGUCGGUAGAGCUCUUGUUCAUGGAUCAGAGGGUCAAGGGUUCGAAUCCUCUAGGCGUUUUUUUUCAGUUUUGCCAAAAAAAAUUGGAAAAUGGGAAUCUCGAGGAUCCUUCUUUUCUGUAAAAAGUUUCAUGACCUCAAACAAUAUUCAAGUUAAAACUAUCAAGAUAUAUUUCCCAAAACUUAGCUCAGUCGGUAGAUGUCUUACUAAUGGAUCAAAGGGUCAAAGGUUCGAAUCCUUCAGUCGUUUUUUUUGAAGAAAAUAUUUUUGAUGUCAAAAAGAAGUUAUGAAGCUUGAAAAAAAAAAAUACUAUCUACUGGCGUUUAGCUCAGUCGGUAGAUCUCUAGUCUAUCACCAGAAAGAUCAAAAGUUCGACCCCUCCCCUGGAAAUUUUGCCAUUUUUCCAGGCGACCCCACUGGAAAAUGGCCCAGAAAUACACUAUCAAACGCUGGAGCACGUCUGGGACCGUAUCGGUGGAGCCUCGUAGUUCAAAAAUCGUCAUUGAAAAAGACAAUUUGAAGGCUGCCGCUACCCGAAUUUCCGUCGAACCAUCCUUCCGCUCACAAUUAUUUCCUUCACAAAUUUCUUCAUGUCUACCUGGAUCGCUCUGAUUGGCUCAGCUAAAACGGUAGGACAAUUCAAAAAAUAAUAAAACUUAAAAAAUUAAGGUCCGAGAAUAGGAAAAAUUUUUCCGAGUUCGUAACUUUUUGAAUUUUUUUCCAAGGCCAUCCAAAGAACGGGAAGAAUCGAGGAGUUUGAUGUAAUCUCAUUAAAACAGAGAUGUAAGAUAGAGAGAAAAAAAAAACUGUGAACCUGAAAAAUUUCAUGUCCCACAUACUGAAUACCACGCUAAAAGCUCAGUUUAUGGACACAGCUGAAAAAAAAACUACCGUAACCCCCUUUAUUCCUAUAUAGUUCAGAAAUAGACUAAUAGACAAGAAAAAACUACCGUAACCAUUUUUUUUUUUGCAUUUUCGCGUCGAAAUGGUUCAGAAGCAGACUAAACGUCUGGAAAAAGCUACAGUAACCAUUUUUUUUUUUGCAUUUUCGCGUCGAAAUGGUUCAGAAGCAGAUCAAAUGACUGGAAAAACUACCGUAACCUCUUUUUUUUUUGCCUUUUCGUUUCGAUAUUCUCAAAAAAACUCCAAAAGACCGAAAAAACAGCUUCAAAAAACAAAAAAAAAUUAAUGACAUAUUGCAGUGAAAUGUCCUAUAAAAGCUCAAUAUUCCUGCAAAAUUAUGCAUUUUUUUUUUUACGAAUUUCAACUUGGAGAUCAUUUUCAGGUAAGGGAACAACCGCAAAAACACAUGUUGAGCUACGCGACGUGCCAGAACAACAUUUCAAACGACAGUGAAAAACAAAUGGUCCGUUUUUUCAGCUGGGAAAUGUCUGGAAGAAAUAGCCGCGGAGUUUGCGCUCCAUGGCUAAUUCUUGGAAACUUCUGUUUUUCGCAACUUGAAAUUACUGUUUUUCUCUGCGCCCUCUCAUGUUGACGUGCUCUUUUCAAGGUUCUCUGACCUAGCCGGUGAGGGAACAGAGAGACGCAGACACUAGGAAAGUGUCAAGUCGCGGUGAAUGAACUAUACUAUAUAACGAGCAGAAUUGUAUGGCCUGCACCCGACUAGAAACGACUUGAGAGCUUUUUCUAGCUUCUAAAUAGUAGUAUCUGAAAGUUGAGCCUUGAAAAGUUUUCUAAAAAUGUUGAAUUUUUUGCCGAAUUCGUCUUUUUCGAGUUUUCAAUACUAAUCUUGCCUUGAUUCUAGUCAUUUUCAAACGAUUUACAGUGGAAAAAAAUCUUCUGAGGAAUUUCUGAGGGGUCCCUAUAGGGGUUUGUUGUUUUAGGGGCCCCUACAGUUGUUUAAGGUAGGACCGCUGAGCCCCUAAAGCUUUAGGGGUCCCUAGAAGGUUCCCUCAAAGGGCCCCUAUGGAAGCCCCUAUAAGGACCCCUUAAAAGUUUCUCAGUUGGAUGAAUAAUAAUAUUUGGAAAAACGGUUAGCGAAAUUCAAAGGGGUAAAAUGAACCUCAAAGGAACGAACGCAACUAUUUUAUAAGCGUUUUAUGAUUGAACUAUGAUUUUUUUUUUCCAGUUUCUCGAAUCUACAUCGUUUAUGCACGAGGCGGUUCCACAUUGGGAACUUUCCCUGGCUCUAAUGUUCUGUUUUCUUUCGUCUUGUGCUUUGUGAGUGAUUGUCGAUCAGUUGCGCCCGACUUUUUCCGACUUGCACACGGGGCUAGGCUUCAGACUCUUCAAAAUUUUCCCACCUCUCUUUUUUCCGCCAAGUCACAGCUAGUCGACUAAUAAAUCGAUAAAUUAGAUCAAAAUUCAAUUCAGACAGAGCAAAAGAACUCUCCUGAUGACAAUUUUGCUCGGCAACGUUUUGGCCAUGUUAUCCAUUCGCCAUAUUGGGAAAGGCACGUAUGUGGCGCACCUUUUUGUUCAAAUGGCUACUGUGGUGGGUCUCGCAACGAUUUUGGGAGAUACGGUAGCAUUUCUCCAGACAGUCCAUCUCAUUCUGGUCACUCAUGCCGUUGAAAGCCUUCCGCAACGGCUGAGACCCGCUGGAUAUUGCUUCGUCAAGAUUGGUCGGUUUUGGUCGCAUUUGGAAUGGCUUGGAGUGGGCUUUUCUAAGGUUAAUAGCCAUGCAAGUUUCACUCUGAAGUGCAACUCUCAAAACAGUCCUUUCCGCGCAAGAUUGUCACGAUUUCAGAGCUACAGAACCCUUUCUAGAAGCUUCCCUUCGAUGCGCGCGACCAGGCUCUGUCCAUGCGCCUUUAAAUCCGGGAAGCUUCCCUUCGAUACGCGCGACCUGGUUCUGCUCAUGCGCCUUUAAAAUAGCCCAGAAAGUUCCUUUUUAUAGACAUUUUCUAGUAAAGACAGAUCUCAGCGCCCUUGAAAUUCGGUCUGCCCAUGUGUGGUUAUAGUUGAUCCAAGCCUAGCUUGAGACGGUAAGGGGGCGUGGCCUGUCUGCGCUCUCCACGAGCCAGGCACUGUUUCAUGCACUAUCGUGUCAGGACCCUUUUUUCCUGAUUCACGGCUAGCUUGGGACGAUAAGGGGGCGUGGCCUGUCUGAGCUCUCCACAAGCCAGGCAAUAUCUCGUGUAUUAUCGUGUCAGGACCUUUUUUCGAUGGCUCAAAUUAGACCUGAAUCAGCUAUAGAUUAAAGGCGCAUGCAGAGAGGAACGCCGUGCGUAUCGAAGGGAAGCUUGCCGGAAGUGGCCCUAUAUUGCGUACUUUGCAAAAUCAUUGUGAACGAAUAAAACGACAUUUUUGAAAUCGCUGAAAGAUCUCAAGAAGUUGAAUCCUCCUCAAUAGAAAUUGAAUUUUUCAGGGGAAUACAUCGCAAAAGUCUCGGCACACCUUCUUAUGUACUACGGGAUGCGCUCGGGAUGGGACAUGAGUUUUGGUUAUGAACUGACCGCCUGGUUCCUCGCCGUCAGUGUCCUGAUUUCUUUUUUUGUGAGUUUCAGAUUCAGGGGGGCGGGGGGGGUCAUUAAAUCACUUGGAAAAAGGCUUGGAAACUUGAAAAAUGAUCGGGUUUUUUUCGUCACGGCUGUUUGAAAAAAAUUGACAAUCAUUUAUUUAAAAACAAAUAUUAUUAUAUUAAUCAAGGGCCAAAAAGGCCUCUCUUAGAACGAUUCAUGAAGAAAAAGAAAAAUUGAACUUGAAGUGGAAGGGAAUUUUUAAAGAGUUAGAAGAAAAUGACCUUCGAAAUCUGGGAAUUCCGCUGAAAAAUGGAUUCUUUAAGGUCCUUAAGGUCUCGAAAAAAGAGAUUUUUUUCAUUUCAUGAAUCCAGCCGUACCAAUCCGUCAACUCUAUCAUUUUGACCAAGAAUGGUUCUGAAAAAUCGAAUUUUCCAGCUGCGUAAAAUCUUCCUCGGUUUACCUCCUAGCAAUGACAAAAACCGACGAACUCCAAGCCCACUUGACCGAUAUUUUUGCAGAAGGUAUAAUUAAUCAAUCAAUUAGCUACCUGGUUCCUCAAAUUUCAGCGGAAGUCGGCCAAGUGUCCGUGGAAGCCCUGGUGGACAACGUUGCAUUUGACGAGUUUUUCCCGAUUUUUUUGAGGUUAUUACAAUUUCAAAGGUUUGAACAAAACGAAAGUGUGCUCGACGUGUACUGGAACGCGGUUUGCUGCGUCCCGCUGAUCAAGGAAGUUUUCGCUGUCGGCAUUUUUGCGUGAGUUGAGAGGGGAUAUGACGACUAAAGCGGCGCCCUGACAUCGCUGGCAUCGGUGGUUCAGUGGUAGAAUGCUCGCCUGCCACGCGGGCGGCCCGGGUUCGAUUCCCGGCCGAUGCAAUUCUUUUUUGCCUUUUUUUGUAGCGCUGAUUUCUCGCAAAGAGAGUCGGUUCGAAGUCAAUUUGUACAUCUUUUUGACUUUAAGCUCAAAAAAUUAAUGAAAUCAAGCAUUUUUUCAAAGUUUUACGGGCUAGGCUUUGUAUUGGCAAGCCAAGGGGGUUUUCAAAGCUUUUUUGUUUUUUAUCUGUUCAAAGGCAUUUUAAUGGUUAUACGAAGAGAAAAGAUGGGGAAUUUACGGUAUCAAAAGCCCGAAAUUCCAGUUUUCAAGUGAAAUCUAGCUUUUAAAAUUUUUUUUUCUCAGAAAUUUAUUAGUCUUUAAUUUAUCCUAAUGAGGUUUUUUCUUUUGGAAGUUUUCAAUAAUUGGAAUAUUUUAAUGAUUUUCCAGAGGCUGUACGCAGCUGAUGAACGAGUACGCCGACAAUGCCAUACAAGUUCAAUUAUCACUGAAUCCGUUCGACAUGGGCCUUUCGAGUUCAUUUUGUGGCUGGUUCGCCUGCGUCUUGGUCCUGGCUUGUGGAUGGUCAGUUUUUUUGAGGAUGAAUGGACUUUUUUUGAUCUAUUUUCAUUACACGAAAUUCAAAAAGUUGAGACGAAAAAAAUUGGAUUUAAAACGUCGCAUUUUUGCAGCUCCCAAAAGAUUGAGCAGACUAAAAAAUCAAGCUUUUUUCAUCUUUAUUCUCAUUAUCAAAAGUCUUCAAAAUUAUUUUCUUUUUCUGCGCCCAAGUUUCAGCGAAUAUAUUCAUUAUCUUUUUUUUUGUCAGAAAAUGAGCAAAAUAAGGAAUUUUGGAUGAUUAGCAGCCCCCAAAUGGGUGUUACGAAGUAAUAUCAACUAAUUUUCCGAUUUUUCCACAUUUCAGCGGAACUUUCCGGACCGCCCUUUUCAGACUCUUCCCUCACAUUUUUUGAGUUUUUCCAUGAUAAUCCUGCAGCAGGAUUCGUAUAAGCUGUAAAAAAAAAAGUCGGAAAAACAUCAUUGGAACCUUUUUGACUGGAAAUUCUCUACAGCUAUGAAAAGUCGGAAAGAUCGCCAUCAAAAAAAUUCACUGAUUUUUGAUUUAUCCCACCUCGAAAUGAUCUCGAGAGACUAUUUCCUCGCAGGUACUGUCCUCAUCGACGUCUCCUACCUGUCCUCGUCGCAACGCCUCUGAUGACUUUCUUCGUAGGAACGACAAUGCUGAUCACGCAUUUUAAGAACGAAGACGAGCUUUUGCUCUGCUCUGACACCAUCGUGAAAACGGGUCAAUUUUAUUUUUUUGGUUCAAGUUUUAGUCUGUAGAGGCUUUCAAUGCAGGUGGGCGAUCCAGUGAUUCACUCGUGUUUUUUUUGGCGGGACGAAAACGGGCGAAACUUUUUUUUAUUCCGCGGAUGCCACGAAAUUCAACGAAAUUUUUUGCCCCACCGAUCCCCUGAUUGGCUUCACCUGCAUGAAGUUCUCCCCCUUUUAGCCCGUUUUCGUGCCCUGCGACGUUGAAAAAAGUCACUAGCGAGACAUUGGUGCACCCGCCUUGCAAAAUCGAGCCUUUUUUGUCCAGCGGAUCACCCGCCGUAGCAGGAGUGUUCGGGUGAAGCCGCUCAAGAAGUAAAAAGGAUGAUGAGAGCAGCGAAAAUUUCGUUUCGGGUGAAAAACGGGCGGAACAUUGUGCAAAAAACCCCCCGAACGCCCGCAGAGUGAAGAAAAUGACGUCACAGCUCUGAAUUUUCCUGAGAAAGCUGAAUUUUGUUCAGCAGCUCUGAAAUUUCCUAAGGAAGCUGAAUUUUGUUUAGCGAGUAGGGAAAAAUUUGUUUCGGUUGAGAAACGGGCGGAACAUUGUGCAAAAAACCGCCCGAACGCCCGCAGAGUAAAGAAAAUGACGUCACAGCUCUGAAUUUUUCCGAGAAAGUCAAAUUUUGUUCAGCGAGUAGCGAAAAUUUCUUUUCGGGUGAAAAACGGGCGAAAACUUGUUGAAAAAGUCGCCCGAACGCCCGCAGCAUAUCGAGUAGGAAAAAUGACGUCACAGCUCUGAAACUUCCUGAGAAAGCUGAAUUUUGUUCAGCAGCUCUGAAUUUUCCUAAGAAAGCUGAAUUUUGUUCAGCAAGUUGGGAAAAUUUCGUUUCGGGUGAGAAACGGGCGGAACAUUGUGCAAAAAACCGCCCGAACGCCCGCAGAGUAAAGAAAAUGACGUCACAGCUCUGAAUUUUUCCGAGAAAGCUAAAUUUUGUACCCAUAACUCGGAAAUUCUUAAUAAUUAAAAUUCUUGCGAUACAUCAUUCGGAUCGUAUUUCAUGCUGCUUCCAAGUUGUUAGUUGAUCAUUUCAGGCCUUCUAAAAAGCAUGCUGCUGUUCUCGGUUUUCUGCCUGGUCGUCCUUGCCGAAGCGAGCCGAGUGAUUGUUCUAACCUAUCUUGUUGGUUUCUACUAACCUUUCUUCUGAUCCAUAUUUGUGAAAAUAAUCAUGUUUUCCAGUGCGAAUACGCGCCGGCUCUAGUUCGGCUCCCAGUGGCCGGAUUUGUCGUAAUUAUUUCAUCUGUGGUGAAUGGCCGUGCUAGAUACGUGGGUUUUAUCGAUUAUUCCAGAUGAUUGAAAAAAACUCCUCCUAGAAACUUGAAAAAUGACAGAAUAAAAAAUUUAGGUAUGAAUCGAAAAUUGUGUAACCUGUUAAUCUGUAUAGUCCAUUCCGUGCCAUUUUGUCCCACUUUUCUUUCUCCGAGCUCUACAUCGAUAUGCGCCUUUAAUAUCACGGAAUUGAUUAAUCUAAAUUAAAGGCGCAUGCACGGAAAAAGGCCGCACGUAUAACCUGUUAACGGCUGACUUGAUUCAUCGAAAAAGUGGUCCUGACACGAUAAAAAAAAGAGAUAGUGUCUGGUAGAGAUAGAGCGCAGACAACUUUUACAUCCGAGCGUCUUAAGUUAGCCGAACCAAAGAAAAUAGUUCAGUAGCUCUAAGGAAAAAAAAUAUGAAGAAAAGGUGGCGCGGGAUGGGCUAUUCACGGCGCGACACCAAGAAAAGUAAUAUCGUGACACGAUGACGCGGAAUGGGCUAUAUCGCUAGAAAGAUGGUAAUGAGAGGAAUCGAUUGAUACGAUCAGUUUUUCUCUGUAGCUUUAAAACUAACAAAGUUAGAAGCUCGAAAAUGCGAUUUUUGAACAUCUUUUCAUCUAAAUUUCAAGCUUUUCCUUUGAAAAUGAUAUAAAAAGUGCGGAAUAAUGGUUGCACUAACGAUUAAGUUACACUAGUGAAAAAUUAAAAAAAGAAUUUUUUUUAUUGGAUUUUUUUCAUUUGAUUGCUCCUAUAGGGACCACUAACUGAAAACCCCUAAAGGGACCGCUUUUGCAAGCUUUAGGGUCCCCUGUUAAGGCUGCUGAAGCGCUCCCUAGAGGGGACCCUCCAAGGGCCCCUAGGGUCGCCCCUAUAGAGACCACCAACAUGACCCCUAUAGGGGAACCUAACUGAAAACCUCCUGUAGGGACCGCUUUUGCAAGCUCUAGGGGUCACUAAAGUGCUCACUAGAGGGGACCUUCCAGGGGCCUUUAAAGUUGACCUUUUAGGGACCACUCUGGAGCUCCUAAGUUCCCCAAAACUUUUUUUUCACUUUUUAGGAAUAUAACGUCCGAAACCUCGACCUCGUCCGGUGCCUCAUCGCCUGCGCCAUCAUGUCGAUCUUGGUUUUCGUUUUCAACCCGACCAAAUCCUCGAUGCACACGUUUUUCGCGGAUUUAAAGGUGAAUUUUUUGGAAAGCCCGCAUUCGGAAUGGUUUGACGCGUUGCGGUUGGGAGGCGUUUCAAAAAAAAACAUCAAAAUUUUCAAGAAAUAAUCCAGAAACAUGUAAAAUGAACUGUUCUACUCUUGUACAUACGAUUAUAUUGAUUAUUUCGAUGUCUCACACUCUGAAUCCCUUUGAGGGGCCCCUAAAUUUUGUACCCCUUCAGGGGGCCCUAUUUUGCCCUCUAUAGGGGUCCCUAAAACAACACACCCCUAUAGGGAUCACCUUAAUUUCAUCCUCAUUAGGAACACUUUUUUGGCCCCUAAGGGCUCUUUACCCCCCUUACCCCUAUAGGUGACACUCUAAAAUUCCCAAGUGCGGCUCAAAGUCAAGCGUCGAAGUUUUAUAGGAGGCCCAAUUUUGACCCCUUUAGAGGCCCCUAAAACAACAAACCCCUAUAGGGGCCCCUCAGAAAUUCCUCAGUUAUUCGAACUUUGAGGAAAUUCUGAUUUAUUCAUCGACUUUUUGCAGGAACACUCCUGGACGGCGGUCCGUCAAAGCUUGAGGAAAAAACGAAUGCCGCCAGCCCCCCAGUUUCCAAACGAAAAAACACCGAGCAAUGAGAAGGAGAACGUCAAAAAAUGA